GGCAAAACAAAAAAUCACGACACAACCAGUAUAUACACGAAAGCCUGCAACAAAAGAACACCGUUCCAUCCCGCGCAAACCCGGGCUCGCCUGCAGCUUUCUGACGUUUGCAUGUAGCGAGCUCUCGUACUUCUAGCCGGAAAGAAUAAUGGGCAAAGGGAGAGGCAAAGGGAAGGGAGGAUGCGAGUGCUGCGAGACAGUUCACGCCAUGGCGUGUUGCCUGUGUUUGGUCCUCUUUGGCGGCCCCAUCCUCAUUGCGGUUGGGGCCAGCAUCCUCACCAAGGCCGCUAAGGACACGCGCGGGCAAAACAUCGGGGCGAUCAACUCACAAAUUGAGGCCUGGAACGACCCCAACUCCCCCAACGGCUGGGCACGCUUCAGCCAGCUGACGGUGUGGGCGGUGCUGACCCCCGGGGACGGCGUGGACGAGGGAAGCAGCUGCCCGCGGGAGGCCGUGCAACUGCGGCUUGACACGCUGUCUGCGGACCGCUACUCGGACGAGGGCGAGAGGUACCAGACGGUCAAGCAGGCGCGUCUGGUUACUGAGAUGGCGUACAGGCGCUACAUCCUAUGUCGCUACCAGACGUUGUUGCUGCAGCAGCCGCCCAACGCGACCGCCAACAGCACCCUAGCGGCGCUGCCCGUGCCGCCCUCCACGGGCACGCUGGACUAUUCGAUCGCGCUGGACAAGGCCACCGGCCCUCGCAGCUGCACCUCCACACGCGACACCUGCUACGGCCAGAACUACGCCGACUGCAGGUACAACUGUCAGUUCUUUGGCGGCGAAUUUGACUGCCGCGGCAACACCUUCACAUGCAGCCUAGCGGACGCUUCCUUUUCGGAUAUUGCAAUCAAGGUCAAGGCGCGUGACACCUCAGCCAAUCUGUCGUACGUGCCCGACACGGCGUACCCGGACGAGGGCGGCGGCGGCAACGUCAUGCCCACCGGCUACAUCCGGCGCUACACGCCUGCCAACGGCUCCCUCACCGCCGGCCGCCUGUUCCAGCUGCCCAACAUUCGGCCCCCGGCUCGCGGCCUGCCCAGCGUGGUCACCAUCACGGUGCGCUCCUCCGCUGACCCAUACCUCACCUACCUGUGGCUCACUGGAGGAAGCGGCUGGCUCGGGACGCCCAAGAGUACGCUGGUGGCCAGCGGUGUGGUCAUCUUGGUGGUGGGCGUGAUCGGCACCUUGGCCUGGUUCUGCUUCGGGUAUUACUCCUGGCGCAUGCUGUUUGCGCGCAACCGGCCCCGGGAGCGACCUGAGGGCGCGGUGGAGGCGGCGGCGUGGGACAUGGCCAACAGGUUCGGCGGGCAGUACGCCCCCGCCCUGGGCGUGCCCGUGGGUCACGACGGCAUGCCAACCGCCCAACCGCUGUACGUCUCCGCAUCUGCGCCCGCCACUGGACAGCCCGCGUACGGCACGCCGUACGGCCAACCGCCGGAUCCGUACCACCAGAUGCCCGGCUACCCAGCAGCGGCCCCCGGUGGCGGCGCCGCCUACCCGCCGUACGGCGGCGGUUAUAACCCUGCUGGCGGUUAUCCGGGCGCAGGCGGUUAUCCGGGCCAUCCGCCGCCGGGCAGCAAUGUGGAGAUGACACAAUACGGCAGCGGUGACGCCGCCGCCGCCGGCCAUCCGCCGUACACUGGGUAUCCGCCGCCCGGAGGCGGCUAUCCACAGUCGUACCCGCCGGGGCAGCCGUACCCGGGUUAUUCGGGGCAGCCGCCGCCGCCAGUGCCGACGACCAGUGGCGGCGGCGGCGGCGGCGGCGCUGGCGGUCCUGACGUGGGCGCUACAGCCAGCUACGCCUAUCCAGCCGCCGGCGCCUACCCCUACCCCUACGGCUACCCCCCGGCGCCGCCGCCGGCGCCGGGCGCUGCUACAGCCGUUGGCGGCGGCUUCGGCGGUGCCGCCGGCACGGCAGUAGCAUCGGGGCUCCCGGCCAGCACCGGCGCCAGUGCCGGCGAGGUCGGCAGUAGCAGCAGUGCCUUUGGCGCUGCUACAGCCGGCCCGGCGGCUGUAGCAGCCGCUGGCGGCGGCGGCGCUGACAAUGACGACGAUGACGGCAGUAGCGCGGCGGCCGCCGGCGGCGGACGUGGCCGCGGGAAGCGCGGUGGCAAGGGGAAGGGAAAAGGCGGCGGCGACUCUGGACUGGAUGACGGGCCGUUGCUGGCGGGGGCGGGUGAUUCCAGCAGUGGCCCCGCGGGAGGCGGCGGCAGCAGCAGCAGCGCUGGCGCGGCGGGUCCCAGGGGCAAGGGCCGAUAGCCGUUGGCGGCCCGUGGCUGGUGUUUAGGGAGGGAAGGCGGAAGGAGUUGCAAGAGAAGGCGAUUCCCGCUUUGCGCGGUCGCGCUACACGCGACCUUACUUUGCACCUUCUACCAAUGACCGUGGUUGUAUCUUGUAUAACUGGUAUUAGAUUGCGCCAUGCUUAAGGGCAACAGCGCGCUAGAAAGGAGAUUGGGCGCUCACAGUGCCCAACGUACGUUUGGCUGGGCCCUGGACGGGCUUAAGCAACGCUUCUGAGUAAUGCACACUCGACAAUGCAAUAACUUCAUUCUGCAAUCAGCGAAGGAGGCUAGGAGCAGGAGCGCCAACAAAGCGCUUGCCGAAUCGCGAGUUGUCCCAUCCCGCGCGCGACCCUCCCCCUGGCUCGUCUCCUGGAAUCGCAAAGCAGGAAUAAAGAAGCUGCCAAUCACUUUAUAGCUAUUCACACCAUCCACCGGACGAACCAAUACCGCCAAGCUUGCAGCUCUAGCGUUUCAACCGGGACUGGUCACAGACUGCAUUCACUGUGUCGCAUUUCUAUCCUCAAAUGCCUGGUCACCUGACCGUUGGCGAUGGUCUGGCACUCAUGGGCGUUAGCCUUGGCCUGGGCAUCGGCCUGGGCUUUGGCCUGGGCUUCGGCGCUUUGGGCAAGGGCAUUCAACGCGGGCUGUGCCACAUUGGCGACAGCAUUCAGAGCUUGGGGCGGCGGGGCGCAGAUCGGCGGCGCACGCCUGGCGCACCGGACGCUGCACAGCAGCAGCAGGACGCCCAAACGCGGCCCUGAAAAGAUGCCAUGCGCGCGCCGUGAAAGCGCCUCGAAGAGCAGCAGGUGGCCGGGACGUACGGCGGUGCCACGUGCGGAGUAACCACCGCGGCCGCAGUAGCCGCAGUGAUCCUUUAGACAGCUGCACAACGUCAUGCGCCACUUGUUUACACAUGCAUCCUGUUCACCCAUGCAGCAUCACAUGGAGACGACCGGAUAUGGAUGGGUUGGAAGCUCGCAGGCUGAGCGGCAGGGGUGCUGAGCGGCGGGUGGAGGACGCGUGUGUGCGCGGUGAGGGUUGUGUAUGUACGUUGGGCCAGCUGCUGAUGGCUGAGGGUACACCUAGCUAGAUAGUACUGACUGACGGUACGGUAGUAGCUCGUGCAGUGUAACAUACUGCAUGCACUUCAGUACUGUACUGUGCUGAUGAGUGCGUGAUGAGUUGUCAUCAUCACUUCAUCAGGCGCUGGCCAUGGGUAGUAUCCCUGCUGUAGGCCUCAUCAUGAGAGCUGUUGUGCCGGGGUAGACAUGGUUUUGCGUCCCCGGAUGACACGUGGACCAUGUGGAUCGGCGCGGGUCAGGCGUGUCACGCACGCCUGGGGAAGCAGCUAGUAUGGCGGGCUUUGGCAGGCUAUGGCUGCUAAAUCAGGUCCAGAAGAAUGUGACGGUGCUAGUCUCUGAGACUGCGCAUGGCUGGGGAGCCUCACAAAUGGUUCGUUGGCAUCGGGAGGUCGGGAGCUCGGGAGCUCGGGUCGAGGAAUGGUGUGGGGGUUUGCGAAGCCUGCCGCCGACACGCAACUCAUCUUACUGUGCAUUUAAUAUGUAUGACUA